UCGGUUUACUCGACAUCCGUCAUCGUCGUCGCGAUUUACGACAAACACAAUUCAUUAUCUAUUUGAGGAUUUCUCAAAACUCACGAUAUUUGCUUAGAUAAGUAGUACUUCGAUUCCAAUGUGCCUUCUGUGUUAAUAAGAAUGAGACAUCGUAUGUAUUAUUAAUUUCAUACACGACCGUAUUUUCGUCGGAAGCGGUGACAAGAGCUCUGCAGUAUGCUCAAAAUUAUCGCGGACGCGUUUUUACUGUGGGAGAAGUGUUGUUCAAGUGUUGUAUGUUUCGCUGACGUGUAAGUAAGUGUGAGCCCAAGGCGUGCUCAUUGAUAACGUUUUUUUACGCUUGUUGAAGAAGUAUUCGUUAAUAAGUCAUUGAAAUAUGUGAAAUUCUCGUUUCAAAGCCAGUAAAAAAACGCCAUUUACAAAGUACUUAAUUAAAACCAUGCGUCAAUUACGACAAUGAAACUCGUGAUAAUUGUCGUGUCGAUAUUGUUCUCAUCGAGUUGCGAGUUCGACUUCGAGUACUCGCAUAUCCACGAAGCUCAGCGAAAAAGCGCCCUUAUCGGAGGCGACCUCAUGAUCGGUGCUUUGUUCCCAAUUCAUCAAGCACCCUCUCAAACUAAGCAAAAAAUACCCCUGACUUGCGGCGCCAUCCGAGAACAGUACGGUAUACAGAGGGUCGAAGCAGCCUUAAGAACAGUAGAACAAAUAAACAAGUCACCAGAUAUCCUUCCGAAUAUAACGUUAGGUAUAGAGAUCCGAGACACGUGUUGGAAUCCCCUCAUUGCCUUACACCAAUCAUUGAAAUUCGUACAGAAGUUAUUCGUCACCAACGACUGGGUUUCUUGUCGUUCGAACUCGCCCAAGAAGAUUUGCGAAAAAGAUGCGCCGCCUAUUUUGGGCGUCAUUGGACCAGCGUCCAGUGAAGAGGCAAUACAAGUACAAAACCUACUGCAACUUUUCCAUAUACCUCAAGUCGGCUAUUCCACCACUAGUUCUGCUCUCAGUGAUAAGAAAAAAUUCCAGUAUUUCGUGCGAGUAGUGCCAUCUGAUAAUUUUCAAGCUCUCGUUAUGGUGGAAAUAUUACAAAAAUACAAUUGGACUUAUGUAUUCGCUGUGAAUUCCGAAGGAGAAUAUGGUCGGAGCGGUAUAACCAGAUUCAAAACGCUGGCCCUAGAAAAUGAUAUAUGCAUCGCAUCCGAGCAUACGAUAUAUGACAAAACUAGAAACGUCGAAUUGGACGAGGUCGUUCGAAAGUUUGCUUACAACGGAAAAUCCAGAGUAAUCGUGUGCUUUUGCGAAGGCUACGAUGUCCGGCGUCUAUUGGAGGCGACCAAAAGGACCAACAUGCAAAAUAAUUUCGUAUUUAUCGGAAGCGACAGCUGGGCUGGCAGAGAUGACGUCAUUAAAGGAGUAGAAGAAGCUGCACAAGGAAACAUAAUGAUAAGUUUGCAUUCCCCGCAUGUAUCGGAUUUUGAUAAUUAUUACGCUAAUAUUAGUAAACGUAACGACUCCAUUGAUCCUUGGCUGGACGAAUUUCGUAAUUAUAAAUUCAAUUGUACGAUGAAUAAAACUUCAAAGCAUUUUCCCCCAUGCACAGGGAAAGAAUUAAUUGGAAAAGAUUAUGUUCAAGAUCCGAAGCUGUCUUUUGUAGUCAAAUCGAUUUAUGCUUUGGCACGAGCAUUACAUGGUUACAGAAAUGACAUUUGUGGCAAGAAUGCUCCAGUUUGCACCGAACUUUACCCGAUAAAUGGAACUCUAUUUAUGGAAUAUCUACGAAAUGUCACGUUUGACUAUGAAAAGGAAAUUGUGAAAUUUGAUGAAAAUGGAGAUCCUCCGGCCAGGUACGAUAUUAUGAAUUUUCAAGAUUUGGGCAACGAUUCAUACGGCUACGUCAAAGUAGGGCACUGGAUCAAUGAUAAAAUGCAAUUGAAUAUGGAACAAAUUCAAUUUCCUGAGAAAGCCAAAACGGUGCGAUCAGUUUGUUCGGAACCGUGUAAACCUGGAUUCAAAAAAAUAUUGCCUCUGAAUGGAAACGAUAAUAAAACGUGUUGUUGGAAUUGCAUACCGUGUAAAUCGAAGGAAAUUUCUGAUGGAGAAAUUUGCAUACCAUGUGAAAUUGGUUAUAGACCAAAUGCUCAAAAAACUGAAUGUAUCGAAAUGCCUCACGACUACGUUCACUUCACCGAUCUCAUGGGAAUUAUUGGUCUGGCAUUCUCUAUCAUAGGAAUCGCCUUGACGACAAUGACCAUGAUGGUAUUCUACAAAUACGGCAAUACUCCUGUGGUGAAAUCGUCAACCAAAGAGCUGUGUUACAUCAUGUUCUUCGGAAUGAUUUUGGCACAUUCAUGUUCCUUCGUACUGAUUGGGGAACCAACCAUUCCACGAUGCACUAUUGUCAGAAUCGUACCCGGAAUCAGUCUGUGUAUAAUGUACAGCGCUUUAUUAGUCAAAACCAAUAGAAUUUCGAGAAUUUUAUCCAUGUCUAAGAAGCGUUUUCCUACAUUAAAACCCAGACUUAUGUCGACGAUGUCUCAGGUGUACCUUUGCGCAUUCCUUGUAUCCUUAGAGUUCCUCAUCUGUAUGGUAUCCAUAUAUUUGCUUCCAGUAGACGUCGAAAAAAAUGAAUGGAAAGUAAAAAAGGAGCACGGAAAUAUCUCAUAUGAUAAAGUUGUUCUCGGAUGUUCCAACUCUGAUCUAUCGCAAGAACUCAUGCUGCAAUUCUUCUUCAACGUAGUCUUGCUUUUAUUUUGUAUUUUAUACGCAGUCAAGACGAGAAAAUUACCCGAUAAUUUCAACGAGGCUAAAUGUAUCGGAUUUGCUUGCUAUGCCACUGCUAUCACUUGGUUGGCAUUUAUUGCAAUAUAUUUUGGUAGCCAGCUGCAGGUGCUUUCCCAGUGUAUUUCUCUAUCAACCAGCGCCUUGAUUGUUCUGAUUUUUUUGUUUUUUCCCAAAUUGUACAUCAUAUUGUGUAAACCAGAAAAAAAUAUCAGAGCUAAUUUCAAGACAACGAAAAAUCUCAGAUGUCAUUUUGGAUCAGUUUAUUUACUGCAAAAUUGCGAGCAACUGAUGAGUGGAAUGAUCAAAAACGGUUUCCUACCAGACGUUUCAAACAUUAAAGACAUAGACCAGUUACACAAAACACUUCAAGAGUGUUACUCGAAUCAAUCACUCAUGUCAAAUUACAAUCGCGAAAUAAUUUCAAAAUCGUGUCAAACUAGUAUGGACAAAUUAUAUUUUCAAAUUUCUAACGUGGCACCAGACGAUGACACCAGCGCCACAACAAGCGAUCCAGAAAAUACGUAAAAAAUUAAUCGAACUCGUUCAAAGACUGAUUAUCAUGUUUAAUAAAUGUACAUAUAAACUACCCUAAUAAUUAAUGUUUUCUAAUAAAACGCACCAAUUAA